CUCUCUCUCUCUCUCUCUCUUGUUGCUCGUAUAUACUUGCAGCCGCUACUUACGAUUACGAUUCACCAAAGGGCCCUUUAAUGUGGGAUUUGUGACCCCCUCACUUUGUGCCCCUUUCUGCUUUUCAAAAGUUUAAUCGCACGGCGCAAGGAUGAAAGGGGCAGUGCUGGUAGCCAUUGCUGCCACGAUUGGUAACUUGUUGCAGGGUUGGGAUAAUGCAACUAUUGGAGGAGCUGUUGUCUACAUCAAAAAGGAGCUCGAGAUGGGUUCUGCCGUGGAAGGCCUAAUAGUGGCCAUAUCCUUAAUUGGUGCAACCCUCAUCACAACCUGCUCGGGUACAAUAUCAGACAUGAUUGGCCGGCGCCCAAUGCUUAUAAUGUCCUCCAUAUUCUACAUUGUGAGCGGUAUAAUAAUGCUUUGGUCCCCUAACGUAUACAUUCUGCUUGGGGCCAGACUUCUGGAUGGGUUUGCUGUGGGCUUGGCAGCCACACUUGCUCCCGUGUAUGUUUCCGAAACUGCCCCUCCUGAGAUAAGGGGCCAGCUGAACACACUUCCUCAGUUCUUCAGCUCAGGGGGGACUUUCCUGGCCUACUCCAUGAUUUUCGGGAUGUCGUUCUUGCCUGCGCCAAGCUGGCGGUUUAUUCUGGGGAUUAUUUUCGUGCCCUCUUUGGCGUAUUUUGGGUUGACUGUGUUUUAUCUGCCCGAGUCGCCUAGGUGGCUGGUGAGCAAGGGCAAGAUGCUCGAAGCAAAGCGGGUUUUGCAGCAGUUGCGUGGCAGAGAGGAUGUCUCUGGUGAGAUGGCCCUACUAGUGGAGGGUCUAGCUGUCGGGGGUGACACAUCAAUAGAAGAGUACAUAAUCGGGCCAGCCCACGAGGCCGUUGACAAGGACCACGACCCAUCCCCCAACACAGACCACAUCAAGCUAUACGGGCCUGAGGAGGGCCUCUCGUGGAUCGCAAGGCCCGUCUCCGGCCACAGCCGCCACAACAGUCUCCUCUCCCGCCAGGCGAGCACGGCUGGCCCAAACGUGCCCUUAAUGGACCCACUCGUGACCCUCUUCACGAGCGUGCACGAGAAGCUUCCGGAUGCCGGCGGCGGCGGCGGGAGCACGCUGUUCCCCAAUUUCGGCAGCAUGUUCAGCACCACUGCUCCCGAGCCCAAAAACGAGCAGGAGUGGGAUGAGGAGAGCCUCCAGCCGAGAGGGGAAGAGGACGAAGAUGACGAGGCAGCUGUCAGCACGGAUUCCGACUCCGGCUCCGGCGAAGGCUCGGAUUCCGACGACAACCUCCGGACUCCUCUGAUUUCGCGCCAAGCGACGAGCGUUGACAAGGACGGGCAGAGCAUGGGGAUUGGUGGUGGCUGGCAGCUGGCGUGGCAGUGGUCGGGAAAAGGGAAGGGGUCGGAAAGUGGGUUCAGGAGGAUCUACCUGCACCAGGAAGGGGGGAAUGGGUCGAGACGGGCUUCCCUCAUAUCGGUUUCCGGUGGUGGUGGUGGUGGAGAUGUUGGCGGUGGAGAUGGAGAGUUUGUGCAGGCUGCGGCGCUGGUGAGUCAGCCGGCGCUCGUCCCCAAUGAGAUGAUGGACCAGCGGCCAGUGGGGCCCGCGGUGGUGCACCCGUCGCAGAACGCCUCGAAAGGGCCGAGCUUGGCAGUGCUGCUCGAGCCUGGGGUGAAAAGGGCUUUAGUGGUGGGGAUCGGGAUUCAGAUGCUGCAGCAGCUUUCGGGUAUCAGUGGAGUUCUGUUCUACACUCCUCAAAUUCUUGAGCAAGCGGGUGUAGGUGUUCUUCUUACCAAGCUUGGCCUUGGGUCAGAUUCAGCAACUUUUCUCCUUAGUGCCUUUGCGAAUUUUUUGAUGCUUCCCAGUAUAGCUGUUGCAAUGAGAUUCAUGGAUGUGGCCGGUAGAAGGUCAUUAUUGCUCACGACAAUCCCAGUUCUGGUAGUUUCCCUUAUCUUCCUCCUGAUCGUGAAUGUAUUCGAUUUUGGCACCUUGGCCCAUGCCGUGAUCUCGACUGUGAGUGUUGUCACCUAUUUCUGCUUCUUCGUAAUGGGCUACGGGCCUAUUCCCAACAUCCUAUGCUCCGAGAUUUUCCCAACCCGAGUUCGAGGCAUUUGCAUUGCCAUUUGUGCCCUCGUUUUUUGGAUUUGCGACUUCCUAGUCACCUACUCCAUGCCUGUCCUACUAGCCUCUGUGGGCCUAGUUGGCGUGGCCGGGAUUUUUGCAUCUGUUUGCUUCAUCUCGUUCGUUUUCGUGUUCUUGAGGGUCCCGGAGACAAAGGGCAUGCCGUUGGAGGUCAUAACCGAGUUCUUUGCUGUUGGGAGCCAAACAAGGCGCUAGGCAUAGGUGGGAUUUGUUGAUUUUGUGUGGUUGAUUGUUUCUAUAUAUUUGGUUUGUUUGGGAAUUUCUUUUAUUAGGUUUAGUGGUACGAAUGUUACUCGAGCCAGGCAUGGAUGCGUGCCUGGAGGGUUCUGGCUACUUGGUAGGGUUGUUCGAAUGAUUUCUCUCUAUAUAUAUAGUAAAAGAAAAAUGAUAUUUGUGUUUGGGAAUACAUGUUUUUGUAUAUUCGAGAGUUCCGACUACUCGAUCGCUAUCUGAGUCGCCUGUGACAUAAUGUAUCUGUAUAACAGAGUUACUUUUUACUAGAAAUGGGCAUUGAGCAACUAUUUCCAAUGACAGGUUUCAUUACAAUCUCUAGCUAUAGCCAAUUUAGUGAAGGAAAAUGAACAUUAAAGUUCUGCAUGAUACUAAGUGCAGGAGUCAACAAAACCGUGGAUUGUAUUUGAAGCAGAGUCAGCGGAGGCAACGUCUUAGAAAUGGCCGUCAGUCGAAAGGGCUGUAAGUAUGUUCACUCAUGUGACUUCUUCUCCG